CCCGUGUGGUAGUUGUGUUGCCUGGAAGCGGUGUUGUUUGGAAGCUGUGGUGCCUGCUGAGAGAGCGAGGUUCUUUGUGCCGGAAGCUUCCAUGUAGAGAUCUUUGUACAGUGGAAUCUGGCUGUGAGGCUUCCCUUCCCAUCAUGCCUUCAUUCUCCUUAUCAUCCAUCCAUAUGUGACUCCACAGCUCUCCACAUAGGUCUCUAUGCACAACGAAAAUGAAAACAUCAGUGAAACUGUUGUCAUUCAAGGAUGUGUCCAUUAACUUCUCUCCAGAGGAGAGGGAAUACCUGAGUCCUGCUCAGUGUACUUUGUAUAGGGAUGUGAUGUUGGAGAACUACAGAAACCUGGUCUCCCUGGCUGUGUCUUCUCAGUGCACAGAGCCAAGCAAAAAGCAUUCAUUCCAGAAAGUAAUAAAAGGAAGACAUGGAAAGCACGGACUUAGCAAUUUAAAUUUAAGGAAAGCUUUGGACAGUGUGGUUGAAUGUACUAGUCAGAAAGUCUGUCACAAUAGACAUAACCAGUGUGUGAUAGCUGCCCACAACAAGAAAACUUCCAUUGCUGUCAGAGACCAAGAACAUCUGUCCUCUCAGAAAAUAACUAAUCAUUGUAAUGAAAUUCACAAAAAUUUUAAACAUGCCUUAAAUCCUAGUAAACAUCAUUAUACUCUUUUUCCAAAGAACUUUUACAAAUGCAUCAAAUGCGGGAAAGGCUUUCAUCAGUGUUCAAAACUUACUAUCUAUCAAAGCAUCCACAGUCAAGACAAACCUUAUACAUGUAAUGUAUGUGGACAAGCUUUUAUUGACAACUCAACCUUUUAUCAACUUCAGAGGGCUCCUCCAGGAGAUAGACCCCACAAAUGCAAAGAAUGUGGCAAAGACUUUAACAGCUGCUCAGCCCUUAUUCAACACCAGAGAAUUCAUACUGGAGAGAAACCUGGCAGGUGUAAAGAAUGUGGUAACACUUGUAACUAUUCAUACCUCUGUCAACAUCAGAGAAUUCAUACUGGUGAGAAGCCCUGCAAAUGCAAAGUAUGUGGCAAAGUUUUUAACUGUUCUUCCUACUUUAAUCAACAUCAGAAUAGUCCUACUGGAGAAAAACCCUAUAAUUGUAAAGAGUGUGGCAAAACAUUUAGUAAAAAGGCCUUCCUUAGUCAACAUCAGAGGAUUCAUAGUGUUGAGAAACCCUACAAAUGCAAAGAAUGUGGCAAGGCCUUUAACUGUUCUUCAUACCUCACUCAACACCACAGAAUUCACACUGGAGAGAAGCCCUAUAUAUGUAGAGAAUGUGGCAAAGCCUUCAGCUGUUCUUCUCACCUUAAUAAGCAUCAGAGAAUUCACACUGGAGAGAAGCCCUAUAUAUGUAACGAAUGUGGCAAAGCAUUCAAUCAAAGUUCAAUCCUUACUCAACAUCAGAAAAUUCAUACUGGUGAGAAACCCUACAAAUGCAAGGAAUGUGGCAAAUCCUUCAACCAUUCUUCAUACCGAAAUCAACACCAGCGAAUUCACACUGGAGAGAAACCUUAUCGAUGUAAAGAAUGUGGCAAAGCCUUUAACUGUUCUUCACACCUUAGUCAACAUCAACGAAUCCAUACUGGAGAGAAGCCAUACAAAUGUAAUGAAUGUGGCAAAGCUUUCAUCUGUUCCUCACACCUUAAUCAACAUCAGAGAAUUCACACUGGAGAGAAGCCGUACAAAUGCAAAGAAUGUGGCAAAGCCUUUAAUUGUUCCUCCCACCUUAACCAACACCGACGAAUUCACACUAGAGAGAAGCCCUACAAAUGCAAAGAAUGUGGCAAAGCCUUUAAAUGCUCUUCAUAUCUCAAUCAGCACCAGAGAAUUCACACUGGAGAGAAACCGAAAGGUAAAUAAGGUAAUAGAACAUUUACUCAAAGUUUAAUCCUUAACUUCACAGGAUUCAUACUGGUGAGAAAUAAGGACAAAUAAUUUGCAAAGCCUUUUAACUGUUCUUCAUACCAUAAUCAACAUCAGAUAAUCCAUACUAGGAAGAUUUCCUACAAAUACAAUGAUUGUGGCAAAAGCCUUAAUAAGUGUUUAUCCUGGUUCAACACUAGAAAAUUCAAACUGGAGAAACACUGUUAUAGAUACGUAGAAUGUGACAUAACUUCUCACAUUUGCUUAGACCUUUCUUGUUCAACACCAAAGAAUUUGUAUUGGAGAGACCUUCAAAUGCCAAGAAUGUAGCAAAUCCUUUUCCCCUUUCAAUAAAUCUCAUUCCUAUUCAGCAUCAUAAAAUUCACACUGGAUGGAAACAUCAUCCAUGUGGUGGCUUAAAGGAACUUUGUCCAAUAUAUGCACCUCCGAAGAAGAAAAUAGUCAUACAUACUGGGAAACACAUUCCAAGUGUAGAGUACGGCGAAGCCUUUGAUCAUAUCUGUGUGUAUGGAACUGGAGUUUAAACUUUGGGCCUUGCUCCUGCUAGGUGGGUGCACUACUAGCAGUGCUCCAUGUUCCUUUUGCUUUUGUCAUUUUUCAUAUAAGGUCUCACAUUUCCAUGUUGCCAAUGGGAUCUCAGUCUGCCUAUUUCCACUUCCUACAUAGCUGGGAUGACAGAUGAGUGUUACCAUGUUGUAAGUUCUGCCUUGGGGAGGCAGGGCAGACUCCUCCCUCCUCUUGGCUAAGUCUCCACCUAGUACUUGUGUCACCUAGGUAACUGGCACACCUGGAGGCAGUCACCCCCUCCCCCAAGGUCAUAUUCUGGGCCACCCCCAUCACACCUCCUGUUGGACCGGGGAGGUCCCAGGCCUUGAGGUCACAUCUGCAUCCAGUGUGACCACACCUUCCCUCACCAGGUCACCCCCUUCUCCCUGCCCUGCCUUACUUAAACUCAGGUGGAACAUUGGCCUGUUCCUUUGAUCAUGUGCUUCUCCACCAUGCACAGCGGGGGGCAGCAGUUGAGUAAAGAAUAAAGUUCUCUUCCUGCCUAAAUACUGCGUGGUGUUCUCUUCAUCGGCUACCUAAUUAAACCUACCUAUUUAAUUUACCUAACACAUGUGAAGCCUUUUUAAAAAAUUGGUCUGUUAAGAUGGAGUGCUUGCAAACUGUUGCCCACACUAGCCUCAAACCAGAUUGCUCUCUUUAUCCUUUCCUCCUGAGUAGCUGAUAUUACUGGUGUUAAACUUAAAUCUUAAUGUAUGUAAGGGAAUUAUUAUAGUUGAAAUCCUAUUACAGUUGAAUUUGACAAAACCUUGUCAUAAUUUCAUUAGUUGAUACGGUUGAAAGGCAUAAAUUUUGAUCACAGGUAUCAGGAUGGUGCAGAUAACUCAUCUCUGAAAAGAAGGAACUUUGUUAUAAAUCCAGGUUUCUGAACAGUUUCUUAUGAACUGCAUGAAGCAGAGCUCUGACAUAGAUCAUAGUAAGGGAGGAAUAUGAUUGCUUCUUGAGGGUUUGUAUUUUUUUAGUCUGCAGUGGAUUUUGAUAUACUAUAUUUGAGUUAUUGUUUUAGCAAAUAAAAAUGAUGAUAAU